CCAAUCAGCUGAUGAGUUUAACGUCAAAACAAUCGGGUCUUUCGUAACGUCAAAUCAAAACACACGGGACUACAGGUAGCCCCCACUGAAAUUGCAGGAUGUUCAGCAUUCGCUGCCUGCGCCAGUGCUACGGUCUCCGGACCCAGAAGAUCCAUGGAUCCCUCGGUUCUCGCAGGGAUUUCACGGCCCUGUGCAGGGGGAGAACCCCAUUAAUGGGGCACCAGAAAUACGAACUCCGUUUAACCCACGGAAAAGGAGGCGAGGCGGAGGGUGGAGCCCUGAGCUUCAUACUCCUGCGAUGGUCGAAAACCGCCUGGAGCAAUAUGUUCGGAAAGUACCUCCUCAUAACGAACGUGGUGGGAUCGGGACUCCUGAUGGUCGUCGGCGAUGUGAUUGCCCAGGAAUACGAGUACAGAAGAGGAUUGCGGCACCAGGAUCGCUUCGAUACGGAUCGCAUGUACAGGAUGUUUGUGGCGGGAGCGCUACAAGGACCCCUCCAUCACUACGUUUAUAAUUGGAUGGAUAAAGUAAUGCCCGCCCGCACCUUUCAGAAUAUCCUCAAGAAAAUCCUGAUCGACCAGCUGGUCAUGUCGCCCGCCUGCAUCCUCAUCUUCUUCUACUCCAUUUGCUAUCUGGAGCGUCAGACGCUGGAGGCUACCAACCAGGAGCUAAUCUCCAAGUUCCCCUAUGUUUAUCUGCUGGAUUGGAUGACCUGGCCGGCGGCUCAGUACCUGAACUUUCGCUAUCUGGACACCAAGUACCGGGUGACCUUCGUCAAUGUGUGCACCGCCGUUUAUAAUGUACUCAUGUCCUAUAUGAAACACGAUUUCGGGAUUCAUUUGCCGCUGGAGGAGGAGACUUUGGAGAUUCCAGCGAUUCCAGAAGCCCAGAAGUCCGUUUAAGACAUAGGAUACAUGUGAUAUUGAUAGGAAUCUAAAUUACCAAGUCAUUUUGUGCACACGAGUGUUAUUAUGUAACCAGAAGAGGCUCUUAAUAUCAAUAUAUAUGUAUUUAGUACAAAAGUGGAACUAAA